AUGCUCAGAACGCCUACAUCUGCGACAUUUGAUUUUUCUGGUAACCAGGCAGGACCUGGUGCCACCAUAGACGAAGAUGAAGCUGAUUUGACUGUCUUAGAAGAGAGUCUCAAGUCCACAGACGAAUACUGCAAAGAGAUUGCGCAGAAAUUGGAUAUAAUAUCCUCGAAAAAUGCCAAUGCCAUUCGAACAGUAAAACCUUUGAUGUCGAGGAUAAACAAGCUUAAGGUGCAACAGAACAAUAUUAAAGCUACCGUGAAGUUGGUAGAUGAUGUCAAAGAGUAUGCCUCGGAAAUUAAGAAACUAGAUAAGACCCUUGCAAACAACGAGGAAAUGAAACAUAUCGGACAGAUUGAAAACUAUUGCGGUGCAUUGUCAAAGCUGGCGAGUAUACGGAAGCGGCUGGUGGCGAAGCGAUUGGAUGGAUUUACCGGGUUAAUGAAGGGAUUAAAUGGAUCUAUACGAGAUGCUGAAGUGACAUUGAAGUACGAUAUGAUAGCUAAGCUCAAAAAGUUGGAUGAAUCACAGGUGUCAAAGAAAAGUCAUGACGACGAUGAGGUCAGACUAAUCAAACAGAUUGAGUACAUUUACGAGUAUAUGAAAACAGAGAGACUUAAGGAUCUUACUGAUACUAUCGUUCGUGAGAGAUCUUCUCAUGAUGUCAGGAUGUUGAAGUCCAUGGCACCUUUGAAACCUCCAAGUAUCGUUAAGGAUCUUUAUUAUUUGUAUUCAGGAGCUUCUAAGACCGGGUCACCUUCCUUUAUUGAUUACUGCAAGCAGGCAAGUCGAGUGUUCCAAGAUGAAGCGCAUGUUCUUGCCAAACUGCUUGCUACGCAGGAGGAAGCAUCAACAAUUUUGAAUCUUGUUUCGAACUCUUUGUUGGCGGAAAUUACUCAUCAGGCGGAAGCUUUUGGUGCAUUUGUCGCUAGUAACAAAUUCACUCAUUGCACAUUACUUUACGAGGUGACGGAUGGACUACACAUUCUAUUGAGUUCAAUAUAUCAAUAUAACGUGAAGAUUCCAUCGGAAUUGUCACAUUUGGACAAAAAACUCUGUUCCGAGGCAUCCAAGAUCUUUGUCGGUUUCUUUGAGUUUGUGAAUAUGAGAUAUCAUGAAUUGGUGGUACCAGAACAUCCAAACGAGACUCUUAACAACACUUUCAUGAUGCUUGUAACAAGAUUAAACAAAUACUCCAUGUUUAGAGAUCAGCAACUCUUUUUCAUAUCCAAAAUGAAAAAUGGAUCUUGGUUACCUGCCUACAGACCUCCGGGAUUUUUAGAAAUAAAAACAUCGUCGUCUGAUGCUCAAUACCUUCUCAGCACAUUCUAUUCAGAUGUGAUCGAGUUUAGUUUCUUUAAUCUUGCCGAACAAUUCCAGGCCAAAAUGUCGGAAGAGGACUUGGGUGUGAUGCUCUUGUUCAAUUUGGAUGGUCUGCAAAACUUGCUAGAUAGUAGGUCUCUCUUGAAAGGUAUAUUGGGUCAACAAGGUAUUAGCAGAGUGGAUAGAUUGAAGAAGAAGGCCAUAGAUAAAGCUACUACUGGCUGGAGUGAUAUGACCACUAAACUUAUGGAAGCUUCCACCAAACAGGGAGACUCUUUUAACAUGAGCAACAAGGAUAUGGGCAAAUUUGUGGACGAAUUCACCAAGAGCUUUAACGAGAAUUAUAAAAAGCUGCAAGAGAAGAACUUACCACCAUUUUUCAAGAAGGAACUUUCCCAGAACAUUCGCAAAAUGCUCGGCCCCGCUUACAGAGUCUUCUACAUGAGCGUCUCUCAAGAUCCUUCUGCCAAGAGUGUGUUGAAGCACUUCAAGCUUAGCAUAAGCGACUUUGAGCAUAAAUUGGUGACAUUAGCAUAG